UAAAUAUGACCACAAAACUGGCGCGAUUCGCUCAAAAACGAUGGAUUUCUUCGACGACUUCCACAUCAAAUAUGUACGAUCCAAGAGUAUUCAGAGAUCCCGUAACGAAUGUUCAAGAGCUCCGAAAACCAUUGGAUUCGGAUGAUGAGCGCAACUUUUUGUUCCUCAAAGCGAUGAAAAGUGAUGCGACACCAGUAUUUUACAGAGAUCAUGUGAUCGACAAACUAAUUCGAGUGUGCACAAAAGACGGGGAAAAGGAGACUUCUCGCAAGAAUGUGCUCAGCGCGUUGGAAAUCAUCAAGCGCCGGCAGUACAAGGCAUGGGCAAAGGCUUCCGAAGAAGAGAAGAAAAGUAUCGAAUUAGACCCAUUUCUUGUUGCGAAAAAGGGAAUUAAAAAUUGUCAUCCUCUCAUGAAGCUUCAAGGUGUAACCCGAGGAGGAACCACCUAUCAGGUUCCAUUUCCAAUUGAAGAACCAGAAGCCGAGUUUCGAGCAAUGAAAAUGAUGAGAGAUAUUUGUAGAGUUCGAUCGAAACAUGGAGAGACACAUUUCAAAGACAUCCUCGCGACCGAGCUUCUCGCCGCCAGUCAAAACGAAGGAUCAACGAUUCAAGCGAAACAGGAAUUGCACAAGACUUGUGAAGCGAAUCGGGCAUAUGCACAUUAUCGUGCCUAAUUAUUCAUUUUCUAGACAUUCUAUAAUUAGCUUAGAUUAUCGUUUCUCUUUUGUUUUGUUACUUUUUUUUGUGUUUUUAAACUUUUGAAUUGAAUUG